CCUUAUCGAUAAUUCGCGUAGACAGGAAACGCGUGUAACGCGAUCUUGAUACUUUUGCUCAUCAAACACUAAACAUUAAACAUUGAACACUCACUACCAUCUGCACCAUCUACAUCACUUCUUGUGUUAUUCACUCGCUAUGGAUGAUUCAGAUGAUCUCCUCGUGGGCGAGCCGCCAAUUAUUGACCCAUACGAGGUCCUUGGCCUUGAGCGCACGGCAGAUGAGGGCCAAAUCAAAUCAGCCUACCGAAAGCUCGCCCUAAAGAACCAUCCAGACAAGGUCACCGAAGAUCAGAAACAAAAAGCACACGAGACUUUUCAAUCCAUAGCCUUCGCCUACGCCGUCUUGUCCGAUCCGGCAAGACGCAAACGUUACGAUGAGACAGGCUCAACUUCCGAGUCCAUUGUCGACUCGGACGGCUUCAGCUGGUCAGAUUUCUAUCGAGAGCAAUACCGCGAUAGCAUUACUGCCGAUGCGAUAGAGAAGUUCGCCCAGCAGUACAAGGGAUCCGAUGAAGAAAAGGAUGAUAUCCUGAUCGCUUACGAACAGCACAAAGGCAAGAUGGAUGGAAUCUAUGAAUCAGUCAUGCUUAGCGACGUCCUCGAAGAUGACGAAAGGUUCCGCGCAAUCAUUGACGAAGCAAUUGCCAACAAAGAUGUUCCCGCGUUCAAAGCAUACACGCACGAGAGUAAGAAGUCCAAAGAGGCUCGAAUCAAGGCUGCUCAGAACGAGAGUACUGAAGCCGAGGAAUAUGCCAAGGAACUAGGAGUGCAUGACAAGUUGUUUGGUGGUAAGGACAAGAAAGGCGACAAGGGUAAAGGAAAAGGCAAGGGCAAGAAGGGAUCAUCUGAAGACGACCUGGCAGCACUUAUCCGCAGUAAUCAGCAAGGCCGAAGCAAUUUUCUAGACAAUCUCGCGGCCAAGUACGGCGCUGCGCCGAAUACUAAGAAGGGAAAAAAGCGCGCAGUUCCGGAAGAGGAACCCUCGGAGGAAGCCUUCCAAGCUGCUGCCGCAAGACUUAAGAAGGGGAGAAAGAAGUGAUUCUAUCACGAAGCGCUUGAUUUAAUCUGGUUAUUUUCUUCUGCACGGCGUCUGCGGCAUUGUAUUAAGGCAAGCAAGGAAUCAUCGGGACAGGUAUGCAUCGGGUCUAAAGUCCGACAAUGCUGUUUAGUAACAGCUGCAAUAAAUAUAACAACACUUAAUCCGAGAUGAUGGCUGUUUAUAGCAUCAUCUACAAACGUACUAUAGUAAGGGUGAUCCCUAGGUACCUCCCAAAUGUGCCUAUAGUGGGUAGGUGGCAGAUGGAGUCAGAAAAAGUGCCCCAUGUGCUAAAGCUACUGUUUUGUACUGUGAUUCAAGUUAUCCCCUCUUCGACAUAUAUAGGUAGCUUAUACGCGCUCUAGGGUGUAGUGGGUGCCGAUUAUGUAACUUAGGGGAUAGAUUGAGUCACAGUGUAAUAUAGUAAGAUUAGCACAUGGGACACUUUUUCUGACUCCAUUCUGGGUGGGUAGGUCGAUUAUGUACCUCGAUACGUCAUUCAAGCAAGCAGGCGCUACAGAGCUCGAUAGGCAGCCCUACACAAUAAGUGGGGCAUACCCUAGCUUUAGCUCUGAAGCUUUCCGCGUCUUGUCGCGUCACUUUGUCUAA